AUCGAGCCUUUGCUUUCUGUGUCAGUCCAUGAUGAAGGCAGUGGUGAUCAAAGACCACAGUCACAUGUGGAGACUGUGUGUGUAUGAGAAGCAGACUGGCAUGUUGUUAUUAGAUAUCAAAAAUAAAAAUACAUACUGUCAGACUCAUCAGAGAAGUCCACAUUGAUUGACACGUCAGAGCAGCUGCGCAUCCAGAGACAACUCAGCGAAAUCUCAGCUGAGAUCAGCAAUCUUCCUAAAAUCAACCCAUGUUCUCUGGAAUGAAAUGUCGCAAAUCAACCCGAACACUCCAUCAAGUGUGACAGAAGGUUACCCGGUGACGAAUCUGACUUUAGUCGUGCUUCUGCUCAUACCGUGCGUGGUCAUCCUGCUCCUGCUCAACUGCCUCUUCCUGGGCUACAAGUUAAUGAUCCUGUCAAAGAGGCAGCAGCGGAAGCGCGAGGACACCGAGGAGAUGCUUCUGCAAUCCAACGUGCACAGACUCAGGACAGGCUCGGACCUGGCCUUUUCCCCGCUGCAGGACGGGAGGAGAGUGUACGUGUCAGUGUCAGAGCCUGUGCUGCCGCAUCCUGUCACUUCCUCCAGGGCUUCAUCCAGGGAGAGGGCCGGGCUGGACCACAGGACCCGGCUCCUCAGGCCAGACGGUGCCACCGGCUCCGGGUCUCUGAGGGCGCCGAGCACCAUCCGGGCCACUUCCUCCGCAGCUGGUUUCAGCCCCAGACUUGACCUGCGCUCUGGCUCGCGGACGCACAGCGCCAGGAAAGGUGGCUGGUGCAGGAGCGCACCACUUCUACCACAGUCCAGCGACUCAGAGGCCGAAACCAGACUCAACCUGGCUCCACCAAACUCUCCCACGGAGACAGAACAUGUGGGUUAUAUUUAUCAGAGCAGGACUCAUGAGAUGCUGAAAGAUGUGAACCCAGCUGCUGCUGCUGCUGCUGCUGCUGCGGUGCAUGUGUUUGACAAAGUCGAGAUGGAGUGCGAGUACACCAACCUACCUUCAGAGACGUCCUGUCUGAACAUGUCCGCAGUGGGGCCUGGACUCGACAGCGACUUCGGUGCAAGUGCAGGUGUCUCCCUGCGGAUCCUGUCAGCAGACAGCGACAGCCUGUCCAACGGUGUGCUAGCUUCAGUUUUGGAGUGGGAUUAUUAUGACCCUUGCUACGUCAAACAGAACAACGUACCACGACAUAAACACCACAGGCCUGCAGUGCAUACUAAACAGUACUGGGUGUGAAACAAGAAGUGAUUUUAAUGUUUAUUUAUUUGUUUAAUUUUAU